CUCCGAUACGACAUUCAGGACUUUCCUGGACAUUGCGCAACCAUCGAGCGACGUUGACGAGAUCUAUUCUUCUCUCUACCUCUCAACCAAGGACUUUCAACGAUGAUUUCACAAUGAGUUCCACAAACUUCGCCGCUGCUCAGGAGCGGGUUUUGGAACGUCGCCGUCUUCGUGAGGCCGAAACGCGCUCCAGGCUUGCCGAACAGCAACGAUCAUCCUCUCUCAAUCAUGCCGCACUCCAAAGACUCCCGUACCCUCUCAACAAACUACCCGCGUCGGGAAUAUCGAUAUGGAAUGCUAUAAGGGGUCGCGAAGGUCUGAGACCUGCUUAUCGCGUCGGCCAGGUGGACGCCGAGCUGUUGGAUGAGGAGUUGCUGGGCUUGCUUAAAGGACAGGUUGGAGAUGCUUUGAAAUACUGUGGGCCUUCAAUGCGUGAAGAUUGGUCUCAUGAGAUCCAGUUCGUUCUGCGUGCAGCCCUGUUCAAGCUCUCGAUUUGGGAUCAUGAUGCCUCAUACGGUGCGGCGCUACAAAAUUUGAAAUACAUCGAUAGUCGCAGCAAAGGACCUGUUCACUCAGCCCCUACCAAGUGGCAGAAAUCUUUGUAUGGUCUUCUCACCGUUGGCGGUCGCUAUGCCUGGGGAAAGUGGGAAAGCUGGUUGAUCAACCAAGAGAGUGGCUAUGACGAGCCAUCGCGAGAGGUACGGAUGCUGUCGCGAUUGACCGAUCUCGUCUCCGCAACCCACUCGAUCGCCGCAUUUAUCUCAUUCUUAGUGUUCUUGGUCAACGGCCGUUACCGAACAUUAGUCGACCGUAUACUACGCAUACGUUUAAUACCGCCGUCUGCACAAGCAAGCCGCGAGGUGUCUUUUGAAUACUUGAACCGACAACUUGUCUGGCACGCAUUCACAGAAUUUUUGCUCUUUCUUCUGCCCCUUGUUGGCAUAAGUCGAUGGCGCAGAUGGCUCUCUAGGCUAUGGAAGAAAACAUUAUCAGCACUCAAGUCUGGGAAUGAGGACGAUGAGGUUGCCGGCAAACAGGGGGAGCUUGGGUUCCUUCCAGAACGAACGUGUGCGAUCUGUUACAAGGAGAACAACCCUGCCGCCGCAAGCGAAAGCGACGCCAUUGCAGCCUCGGCUUCGUCUGGGGGAAUUAUCGGAUCGGCUCAGACUGAUAUCGCCAACCCGUAUGAGGCAAUUCCUUGUGGCUGUAUAUAUUGCUUCGUAUGUCUCGUACAGAAGCUGGAAGCCGAGGAAGGAGAAGGCUGGGUUUGUCUACGAUGCGGGGAGGUUGUCAAGAAGUGCAAACCAUGGAAUGGUGAUGUGCUGGAAGACACUCGACCGCAAUCAAGCUCGGGGAAGAUUGUGGGGUUCGCUAUAGAUGGCAAUGCAGACACGAACAGCAUCCAUCGUGAGGAGGAGGAAGAGCGGCAUGUUGACCCAACAACCGCAUCGCGUGAGUUAUCAUCAGAUGAAGUGAUGCAAGAUUCUGAUCACUGGUCUACGAUUGAGAAGGGCUCUGUUCCCGAUUUGGAUAAUGAACAGCCAGAAGGCGCGAAUUGAGCGUUUUAAGAGGAUGUAAGAAGUGCU